ACCUGACUCUCCACACGCACAGCCCAGUAAAAGAAUGUUGAGAUGAGUAAAAGGAUGAUUACAGCUUUGCCAUGCCUACGCGCCGUGUGAUGCUUGCACCCCGCUCAGAAGCUGUCGAUGGCUGGAGAUGUUGCGCUCGGGCUUGUUUCUCACGUUAUGUUUCUUCACGCUGGUGCCGAAAUUAGGGUCAAAUGCGGCUCCAUGGUAUUGGUCUGCUAAGGAUGCAGCGGCAGCUCUGGCAAACUGGGAAGGACGCCGACAAUUGCGUGGUGGCGUCGAGGAAGAGACCUUGCAUGGUGAAGGGCCACUGCUGAUUCCGCUGCUGCCAUACGGCUUGAGCAACCAGAUCAUAGCGCUGAAGGAGGCGCUGGCGCUUGCCGCGGUGCUCAACUGGACGGUGGUGGGCUAUGGAUUCAUGCCGCACUACUCGGAGUAUGCGGCAGCAGCAGCCGCGGCGGCCGCAGGAGGCAGCGCGUCAGGGGUCGAGCCAACGGUGGAGGCCCCCGCGGGGGCGGUGCAGUCCACGGCCAUUCCUUUUGACACGCUCAUAGACAGGGCCUCGCUGGCGCCCCUGGUCCGCAUCAUCACCGUGCGGCAGGCGGUGGCGGCGCUGCGGGAUGGGCAGGGGCAUGGGCGGCGGGAUGCGCAUGAGGCGGGUGCCGAGGGCGCCGACGCAGGCGGGACGAGGGCGAGGGGCGACAGCGCUCGGCGGCAAAAGCAUCGCCAGCUUGGCUCCCGGGGCGGCAGCACCGCUGGCGCCUCCGCGCUUGCGCAGACGGCCGGCUGUAGUAGUGGCGGGGGCGACGGCGACGGCGAAGGCGAAGCUAGCACGGCAGGUGGCGGCUACUGCCUGCCUGUGGACCGGUUGGUGCUACUGCGCGACAACGGCAUGCCCGACACGCUGCGCAAGGCGGAGGCGGGCGGGCGGCUCGACGCCAGCAGGGCGCACACCCUGAGGAAGAAGUUCAACUGCGACGCGCGCGGGCUGGACUGGUUCCGAAAGACGGCGGCGCGGGAGCGGUGGCAGGUUGUAGCGCUGAACGGCUACCGCUGCGUGCUGCCGCAGGCGCGCCACGGCUUCGCAGCCAUGCAGCUGCGCGCUGGCGGCGACAACGGGUGCUGGCAGGCCUAUCAGCGGGUGACUGCGCUGAUGCAGCGGUCGGAGGCGGUCCGUGACGCCGCCGCCGCCUUUCUGGACUCGGCCGCCGCCCGCGCACUGAUGCCGGGUGACACUGCUGAUGGCGGCGGAAGCAGGGGCGCCGUCAGUGGUGCAGGGACGCCGCUGUCCCCGCGCGUGCUAGCACUCCACUUCCGACCCUACCCGGACACAUGUCUCGACUACUUUGUCAACAUGACCACGUUCGAACUGGGCGCCGCGCAAGAGGUGUGCUCACAGCCGCUGCUGCUUCACCGGACAGUUCCCCUGGUGCAAGCCUUUCUGGCGCUGUGGGCGGCGGAGGCAGCCGAGGUGGCGGAGGCGGAGGAGGCAGCAGCUGUUCGCGGCCCGGCGGUGGUGUUCGUGAUGUCGCACCCCAAGGUGCGGAAGACCGUCAGCCGGGAGUUUGAGCGGCUGUGGGCAACGGCGGGCGCGGGCGCCGCUGCGCAGGAGGAGGCGCAGGAGGAGGAGGAAGGCGCAGGUGACAGCGAUCGGAACAGCGCACGCAAGGAGACCCGGUCAGAACGUGGCGGCGGCCGGUCUCUGCAUCAGCUGCCUGAGCUGAUUCCGCUUCCGCGACUGUCCUUCCUAGACCUAGAUGACGUGCCGCCCGCGCUUUUUGAGGUGCCCGGCAGCGGCAGUAGCACCAGGGGCAGUAGCAGGGCACUACCGGUGGGCGCCAACAGCAUCCUGUCAGUGGUGGAGCAGCAGGUGUGUGCGGGUGCUGACGUGUUCAUUGGCACCGCCGCCUCGUCCAUUUCCGUGCUGGUGGCGCAGGAGCGGGUGGUGCAGCGGCAGCCGGGGAUGCAGGCGGGGGCGGGGGUAGCAGGGGAGGACGAAGGGGGUGAAGCACGGGAGGAGAAGGAGGAAUGGGUGAAGCAGGUUGUGGAGGCCGCAACAGAGGGCGAGGGCGCGCAGGGCUUUCAUGUUGCGUCGGCGGGUCAUGUUACGAUUCUGCUAUGAGGGGCUACUACUGAGGGCGAUGUGUGGCGAUCGACCGCUCAUUUGGGUGAUGCGGGUUCCGCUGUGGGUCCUGAUGUGGGCUGAUGCCGGUGGCUUGCCGGGCAGCCCCGCAACACGCCAUGCUGUAAGAAUUUCUAGCC